GCCUGUCUAUUUGUCUGUCAAAUACCUUUAUGUCUUUUAAGAAUUCCCUUCUAUUUUGAACACUUCACCAUGAUGCCGAGGUCCAAACUAAACUACUUUAUCUUACUUAAUUUUUACCUUACAAUCGUGGUAUUUGGCUAUCAAGAUGACUGUGGCCCUCCUCCUGAUCUUCAAUAUGGAGAGCUAAGAGAAUUUUAUAUGGACACCAACAAAUUCUCAAAAGACAACAUAGUGUAUUACAAAUGCCGUCCUGGCUAUGCACCUGUUCCCAACACCAAAACCUAUAUUACCUGCUUGGGAGCAUCGCAGUGGUCUUCACCAGACGUAUUCUGCAAUCCUGCAUGUGGACAACCCCCUGUAUUGGAAUACGGCGACCUUCAGGAAAACUUUGUGGAAGUAGCUUACUUUCCUGUGGGUGACAAGGUUUAUUAUAAAUGCAAGCCUGAUUACGUAUAUGUUCAAGGUGCCAAAACAGAUAUAACAUGCUUGGAGGAAUUAGAGUGGUCUGUUCCUGACAUAUUCUGCAAAUCUGCACCUACCUGUGGGCCUCCUCCUAGGCUACAAGAUUUAGAACCUAAGGAAGCGUACUUGAGUAGGACUUCAUUUGCCGUAAAGGAAAAAGUGGAAUUCCAGUGCCGCCCAGGCUACACUUUUUAUUUUUCUCGUUUUAGAAAUAUUGCUGCAUCUUGCGAAUCUAAUCUUGAAUGGUCUUUUUCUCAUCCUAUUUCCAACACGUUUUGCAAACGAAAAUCAUGUGGGAAUCCUGGAGAUAUUAUUAAUGGAGCUUAUGAAGCAGACGACUUUACAUUUGGCUCCAAAGCAGUCUAUAAGUGUAAUAAUGGAUACAGAAUGUUGACAAAACGGAACUACAGAGAAUGCCUGGCAGAUGGACAAUGGAGUAACAUUACCCCUGAAUGUGAAGGUAAAAUAAAGCAAUGA